CAUUUCUCAUUCUCAUCAUUAAAUAUUAUAAAAUUUCACAUACCCAAUUAGAAAAUUUCACUAUUUCCUUUUUCGUUUCUUAUAAAAAUCAUUUUUUAAUCACUUUCCAUGUCCAUAACAACAACAACAACAACUCUACCAUCAAUAAAUAGGAUUAAUUAAUUCUUCGUUGUUUCUGAACCUGCCCACAAUUUUAAACAAGUUCUAUUUGAAUUCCACCUUAUAAAUUCAUCACCUUUACAUCACUUUUUCUCCCACUUCAUUGAUUGGUUUCAAUAGUGCUCAAAAAUCUAAUUUUGUGGAACAAUCAUUGCUUCAAUUUCCCUUUUAUUUGAUGGGUGUUUCGGUUGAUUCACCAUCACAAAAGGGUUCAUGGAGAUUUUUCACUAGAAAGAAGCAGGUUGAUUCUGCAAGUAAAAACACUAAACCUCUGCUUGCAAAGGAGUUAACUAUUUCUCAUCUUGUUGCGAUUGGUGUUGGUUCAACAAUUGGUGCUGGAGUGUAUGUUUUGGUUGGAACAGUAGCUAGAGAGCAUUCUGGACCAGCUUUGGCUAUUUCUUUUCUGAUUGCUGGGUUUGCAGCUGGUCUUUCUGCUUUUUGCUAUGCCGAGUUGGCUUGUCGAUGUCCUUCUGCCGGAAGCGCGUAUCACUAUUCAUACAUAUGUCUUGGAGAAGGUGUUGCUUGGUUGAUUGGCUGGGCCUUGAUACUGGAAUAUACAAUUGGUGCCGCAACUGUUGCUCGUGGCGUAACCCCUAAUCUUGCUCCAAUUUUUGGUGGUCUGGACAAUCUACCGUUCUUUUUGUCGCGCCAGCAUAUUCCUGGGAUCGAUAUUAUUGUGGACCCGUGUGCAGCAAUUUUGGUAUUGCUUGUUACAGGACUACUAUGUUUGGGGAUCAAGGAGAGCACAGUGGUACAAGGCAUAGUAACGUCGGUGAAUGUAUGUGCAUUGCUUUUUGUGGUUAUAGCUGGUGGUUACAUAGGAUUCAAGUCUGGAUGGGCUGGAUAUGAACUUCCUACAGGAUAUUUUCCAUUUGGGGUUGAUGGGAUGCUUGCGGGUUCCGCAACAGUCUUCUUUGCAUACGUAGGUUUUGAUGCAGUUGCCAGUACUGCCGAAGAGGUGAGAAAUCCUCAGCGAGAUUUGCCACUAGGCAUCGGUGCUUCAUUGUUUCUAUGUUGUGGAAUAUAUAUGCUGGUCGCCAUUGUUGUCGUUGGUUUAGUACCUUAUUAUGCAAUUGAUCCUGAUACACCGAUAUCAUCUGCAUUUGCUGUCCAUGGGAUGCAAUGGACCGGUUACAUUAUAAAUGCCGGAGCUUGCACAGCUCUCAUCUCAGCAUUGAUGGGUGGGAUACUUCCACAGCCACGGAUUUUGAUGGCAAUGGCAAGAGAUGGACUACUGCCACCAUUUUUUGGUGACAUAAAUAAGCAUACUCAAGUUCCUGUGAAGGGCACAAUAAUUACCGGCCUUGCUGCUGCAGUCUUAGCAUUUUUUAUGGAAGUCUCUGAACUUGCAGGGAUGGUUAGUGUGGGAACUCUUUUAGCAUUCACCAUGGUGGCGAUAUCUGUGCUGAUCCUAAGAUAUAUUCCUCCAAAUAAAGUCCCAGUGCCUCCUUCUCUCCAGGAUUCAAUCGAAGUGGUCGAAGUCGUAAAUGAAGACGAAAGUGUCGGUACUUCUGAAGACACAAAACCUUCAGAUGUUACGCAAGAUUUUCCCAUUGAUCAUCCUCUUAUUUCUAAUCACCUUGUCAUAAUAGGCAACUAUAUAAAUGAGGGUAAUAGAAGAAGACUUGUUCGACGGACCAUAGCACUCAUAUGCUUGGGGGCGUUCGUCCUCACAUUUGCAGCUUCAUGUUUAACUUUUCUUAGUUAUGUUCGCUUCGCAUUGUGUGGAGCUGGAGGCAUUCUUCUUGUGUUUGGAUUUGUCUUCCUAUCCUUAAUAGAUCAAGAUGAAGCGAGGCACAACUUUGGUCACUCUGGAGGUUUCAUAUGCCCAUUUGUGCCAUUGCUGCCUAUAGCUUGCAUUCUCAUCAAUUCCUAUCUGCUAAUUAAUCUCGGAUUGGAAACAUGGUUGCGCGUUUCUAUAUGGUUGGUAACAGGACUUGUAAUCUAUGUGUUUUACGGCCGAACUCAUAGCUCUCUAAAAGAUGCAAUUUAUGUGCCAGCAAGUCAAGUGGACCAAACCUAUCAAACUCGGAGAAACUAUGUUGCUUAAUCUGUAUAGAAAGUUCGUAGUCGGUUUAGUCUUGGGACGCAAGUCGUUUUAGUCUUGGGACGCAAGAAAGCAUCCAAACAUGCUGUUAAUGUCUGAGAUGAUGUUGCAGUUCCACCAGUUGUAUAAAAUAUAAAUCCUUGUGCAGAAGAAGAUGCUUGUCAAAAAUGUCAUUAUUAUGUGCAUUAAUUGUAUAUAUUCUUCCGCGUGAUUUACCAUUUGUA